CACAAACACACCCCUCACCCACACACUGUUCUUACACUCUGCUCUCACUCUGCUCUGUCCACUCAGCUACACAGCUGUGAGAAGACUUUACAGAAGAAUUAAAAGUGGAAUCAUGAGCUCUGAAUGUGGGAUGUUAUCACUCAUCAUCCUGCUGUGUGUUUCAGGUUGUCUCGGUGAGCGUGUCAGUGUGUCCUGCAGUCCUCAGACUGUCUGUGCUCUGCGGGGGUCAACGGUGGAGCUGACGUGUUCUUACUCAAAACAUAUCAAAACUGGUUCAGCUCUGAAGAGAAAGCUAAAUGGAGGAAUGAGGAACAUCCAGAGGAUUUAGCUUCAGACUCAGACUACACAGGACGAGUGAACACUGAGAGCACAGACUCCAAAUCAACUCUUACAAUCAGAGAGCUGAGAGAGAGAGACUCAGGAGAAUAUCACCUCAUGAUCAUCACAGAACAAGGAGAGAAACACUCCAGUCCUGCAGUUACAGUAACAGUUGCAGAUCUACAGCUGAAGAUGACCCAGAGUGGACAGGAAGUGACUCUUACCUGUAGCACAUCUUGCAGUCUGACUUCUAAACCUGAUUACUACUACUGGUUUAAGGAUACACAGUAUACAAGCAAAUACACACCUUACAGUGAUGCUCAGCCACUCGUUUUAUCCAGCAGAGCUGAUGCUGGCAGUUACUCCUGCUCUGUUAGCAGCCAUGAGCAACUCAAAUCCUCUGCAGUCGAUGUUUUUAAAGAGGACUCUGAGAUGAAUGUGAGUUACACAGAAAGACAGAUCGAUACUGUGGAGGGUUUAUCAGUGGAUUUUCUCUGCACUUACUCACAUCCCAAAGCUGAGAGAGUUAAUAAAGCUUUCUGGUUUUACUUUCGGCCUGAAGUGGAGUCAGAGGAGCUGAGUGAGGAAGAGCAGUUUGCUGGUCGAGUGGAGUUUAUUGGAGAUAAAGAGAGAAACUGCACUCAGAGAAUGAGAGAUGUGAGAAAGAGAGACUCUGGAGAAUAUCGCUUUCGGUUCAGCACUCAGUCUGGAGAGACAUUUACUGGAUCACCUGGAGUCACUCUGAAAGUUACAGCUCUGCAGUUGAGAGUGAUUUCCAGUGCAGAAUCAGAUAGACAGACAGUAACACUGAUGUGUAGCAGCACCUACCCUCUGCCUAACAACCCCACAUACAUGUGGUACAAGAACAGACAGCCUGUAACUAACAAACUCACCAGAGACAACAAGCUGUACCUGACGUGCAGUGAAGAUGCAGGAAACUACUCCUGUGCUGUGAGAGGACAUGAGAAGCUCCGCUCUCCUGAUCGAACACUCAGUGACUGUGCUGAAGGUUCAGAGCAGAGCUCCAUGUUAAAGCUGGUCACAGUGGGAGUGUCAGUCUUUCUGGCUCUAAUACUCAUCAUAGCAGCUCUGUGGAUGUGGAGGAGAAAGUCCAGCUCAUCUAAAGGCCACAGGAGCUCUGGAGAGAGUGGACAGCGUGACUCUACUGCUGUGUAUGAUAACCCCUCAGCAAUGCCAUCUGACCCCACAAGCAGAGUCUCAGAUGAUCAGGAUGACAUUCACUACUCCAGCGUUCAGUUCAAAUCCUCUCACUCACAGGCAGAGCCUCCAUUAGUCACUGCUAAACAUCUAGACACCAUAAAGGAGGAUGUUCAGUACGCUGCUGUGAACUUCACUGCUGCCCCCCAAGCUCUGGAUGCAGAAGCAGCUGACGACCCGUCUCAGCUCUACAGCCAGAUCCAAAAACACAAACCCCCAACUUAA